AUGUCGACGAGCUACGAAAGCUGCGUUGCAAACUUCGACUUCACAUUCCGCGUCGACGCGGUCCGGCGUCAAGCCGAGAGCCUGGCGAGUCACAGCUGGGAGUACGGCACCGCGGCGGAAGCCGUGAUGGAGCUGGUGGACCCGGAGAAGUCGGUCUUUGCCGCGGAUCCGUUCCCAGGCGACGAGAUACCAACCCAAAAUCUGCAGCACCUGGACCCGGCUGUCGAAUGGGUGUAUCAGAAGAUCCGGACGGACGGCAAGACGCUGUUCGACGACAGCUGGGGCGUGUCUGACCCGGCCGCGCUGGGCGUCAUGGCCGUGAUGACAGGGCAGCGCUGGAAGCGGUGGCUGGACGCCGCCGAGCGGCAGAAAGACUACUUGCUGCAGGAAGCACCGCGGUAUGGUAAUGGGGCCAUCAGUCAUCGCCAGGAGGUAGCCGAGCUGUGGUCGGACGCCGUCCAUAUGUUUCCGCCGUUCUUGGCGUACUACGGGGUGCACAAGCAGGACAUGGCAUUGAUCGAGGAAGCGGUGCGCCAAGCGCAGCUCUAUCGGGACGUCCUGUCCAUCAGGGAAGGGCACAGACGAGGCUUGUGGAGGCACAUUGUCGGGCCGUCCGACAUGGCGGACGAGGGAUCGUGGGCGACCGGGGACGGCUGGGCCGCGUACGGCAUGGCGAGGGUGCGGGCGACCAUCUCCGGGUGGCGCCCGAGCAACGAAGCCAUGCAGGAUCAGAUCAGACAGCUCGAUCAAUGGAUUGGAGAGAUUCUGGAUGGCGCAAUACGCACGGAUGACGAUGAGGAGAGCGGGCUGCUUAGGAAUUACCUUGGGGACGACAGCUGGUUUGGCGAGACGUCUGGGACGGCUCUGCUUGCGGGUACGGCCUAUCGCAUGGCUGUGCUGAGACCCGACGUCUAUGCCCAGGAAAAGUACUUGGGAUGGGCACAUGCAAAAAGACGAGCGGUUGCAGAGAGGGUGGACGAUGAUGGCUUCGCCUACCCCGCCGUCAAUCCGCUCAAGCAUGCUUCACGUGAGCCUAUCAACAAUAGCCCAGAAGGUGCUAGCUUCAUUCUGAUGAUGGGUUCUGCGUGGAGAGACUGUGUAUGUCGAGGCAUCUGUCCGCCAUCCGCAUAG